GGCAUCUUUUAAUUUCUUCAACGAAUGAACAUACAGCGAGAGAAGAGCUGUUUCCCUCCGCCUACAUUAAUCAACACUCUUGUGUUAACUGAACCGUCACACAGACUUGUUGAGGAGGGAAGAUGUUUCUUCAGUCUGAUAUGCUUUACUGAUGAUUGGAAAAGGAGAUGUUUUUGGCUGCUACUGUGUGGAUUAUGACUGAAUGAAAAUAUCUCUCCAGAUACCAGACAUGGAUAUGAGCAAUAACAUAACAAUUCUUGUCUUCCUGAUCAUCUACCUAAACUUUGUGUCAGGACUGUACGUCCCUCAGCCUGACAAUUUGAUGGUCAAAAUUUUGGACGGGGAGGUAAUAGUGCUUUGGAAACAUCCUGUGGAUGCUCCCUCAAACCCUGAGUACAAUGUACAAAUGGCAAAGUACUUAGGUAAUGAUGAAUGGGCCAUAGUGGCCAGCUGCACAGGGAUCAAUAAGACCUACUGUGACCUUAGCAGUCUUGUAUAUGACUAUCGCACAGCCUACAAGGUCAGAGUUCAGCUGGUUGCAGGAGAUGAUGUCUCUGUGUGGACCAGGAAGAAAUUUCUCCCAAAUGAAAGUGUAUUGCAGCCUCCCUCCAUCACAUUGUGGGCUACUUCCAGCACUCUGACAGUUUAUGUUCACCAAAAACCCAUUCUGAAAAAACUCUUUCCUUAUGGGCUCACCUACAUCAUCUACCUGGAGGAGAAAGGAAAAGAUAAAAAGAAUACCACAGCAUACCUGGAAGACGACGUGGGGGAGGAUAAGACAAAGUCUUUCAGUUCUCUCCGCUGGGGGAGAGAGUAUUGUGUCAGCAUCAAGGUCGAGGGCAUUGGAACUCUGUCCACCAGCAGUGUGUCCCCUAAACAGUGUCUGCUGCUACCAGAGCAAGAAUGGUUCAUAAUUGCUGUAUCAUCCCUAUCUACUCUGGGUGUAAUGGCCAUCAUUGCUAUCAUAAUAACCAUCCUCCUGUGUUACCUGAGACAUUCAGAGAAAACACCUGCUGCAUUGAAAUCCCCUGUAAGUGGCUGGCGUCCACUCUCCAUUGGAGAAGGAGUUGUGGAAGUUGUUACGGACAAAGGAUGGUUCCUGUCCGGUCACAGAACAGAAGAGAAAACCUGUGUCAAAGAACCAGUGUCACAUGUUACGGUAACAGAGGAUGACGGAGAGGAGGACAGGAGGACCAGCAUGGACAGCGGGGUCAGCAUGGAGUCCAACUCUGCUACAAACAGCGGAGGAAUUCCUCCAAUGAGACAAGAGGACAGUGGCUGUGGGAGCUUGUUAGGACCAGAGUGCUCUACGAGCUUUCAGACAGAUUACCCCCUGCAGGAUGAGAGGGGGGAUAGUGGGGUGGGGCUGUGCUGCCAGCUCGAUUCGUCUUCCAUGAAUCUGGAUGGCCAGGACAGUGGGUUUCUAAAGGUUGCUGGGGGUAGUUAUCGCAGCCAGAGCCCUUCCACUGUGCAGAUUCAGGUCUAUGAUGAGCAGGAGGUGUUUAAACAGAUGCUUCCUGACUCGGUUUUGGCCGAAAUGGUCACAGGCUACAGGGCUGGACCUCAAUUGUGCAUCUGCUCAGGAGCAGGUCAGUGCACUUGGUGCCAUGAACAAGGCCAUUAUGGAACUGAAGUCAUCAAACAAUACAGAACUGUGUGUAUUGAAAAUGGACAACUGAGCGGCAAAUGUGAUUUUGUGGACUCGUACAAAGUGGGGCUUACAUUUUCAAGUUAUUCCAAAAAAACACAAACGCACAGUGUCAUGGUGGAUGACUUAGAAACAACUUUUAUACAACUGGGGGAGACUUUUCCUCUGCUAACAGCUCUAUCACCGCUGUCCUUAGUGGAGGAAGGACAGGACUUCAAUAUGAACAAUGUGUCCCUCUCUCUCUGUGACAUACUGAACACUGAGUGAUACGCCGUUUAUAAAAUCAUCAUGACAUAACCUGUCUUAGUGCUAUGCUGGAGCAAUGCACUCCCUUUUCCUACAUAACACACUUUUUGAAUCAUUAAAGGAAAUAGAGGUUAGACCACACAGCUGCUUGCUAGUAGCUGUUGGUUGGAGUCUCGAGGGCUUCUAGAGACGGAUAACAUUAUGUCAAAGACCUUAUUCAACCCUGUUUCACUGGGUAUAUUUACAACUGACUAAAAUGCUGUAUGCCGGAAGUGAAACUGGUGUGGGGAGCAAUGCAGAGAAACGUUUUGACAGUUACAUACUUUUGGACGUUUUGCCACUUCUUCUUCUCCCUGGCUCUCAUCUCUUCAACAGUAACACCUAUAUGAUGGUAACCAACACGUAAAGUUUCUGAAAUUUCUUUUUCUUUCCGCUAUUUAAAUAAUAGACAAAAUAAAAUACUUGUGAGCCAGUAGUGCAAUGUCAAGUGGUGUCAAACAAAGGAGCAAAUUAUACCUUUCUUAAUCUUCCAGUGAUGUGCAGGACAUUUGGUCACAGAUAUGAAGCAAGCAUUCAUAUGCCUUAUACAGCCCGUCUUUUACCUACUUCCUCGUUUAAAUUAUUUAUUAGAUAUGAAAAUAACUAUUUAUUCAUCGUGUAUUACUGUAAAUAUAUUUGACUCUGCUCUUGUACGUGUCAUUAAAAGAAACUGUCUUCCUACAA